AUGGACACCGAUGGCGAUAGUAUUGUCAAUGAAUCCGAAGAACAAAAGAAAUGGUCGACAUCCGAUGAAAAUCAGUGGAGAAUUGUCUCCAAUAUUCACUAUUAUUUAAGAGAAGGAUUCUACGGGACCGCUUUGCAAAUUUGCGACGGAUUUCUGCGAACUUCAAAAGAUUCACUCGUUUCCCUAUAUAGAGGUGUAUGUCUAACGCUUCUUGGAAAGAUUCCUGAAGCCACACGGGCUCUUGAGCAAAUCAACGACGACGAAAUUUCGCUAGGAAGCUUGUACGCCCUCAAAUGGGCGCAUUCUUCGGCGUUCAAUCCAGACAAGCAAUCUCUAAUCGAAAUCGAAACAUCGAUAAGUGGAAAGAGUCACGAUGAAAAAUGUCCGUCGUCAUCGUUUGCCGCCGCCGCCGCCGUUUUAUACUUUUCCGGCGAAUAUCAAAAAGCGAAGCAAUUGUUGGAUUUGGCGAGGAAAAAAUCGAAUGAGAGGAGAGCUGAGUAUUACUGUCUCCUUGGCUGGAUCGAUUUGGCUCUGGGACGUAACCAGAAAUCCACGCAAGAGUUGUUCGAAAAAGCCGCCGGGCAAGGAUAUCCGGACGGCUAUAUCGGACGAUGUCGGAUUCUUGAAGGCUAUCAUUCGGCAACCGAAAUGAAAACUGUCGCCAAAGAAUUGACAAUAACCAGCUAUCAAUUCGUUCCGGGACACAUUGAACGAGUGAAGUCGGCGAUUAUGCUGAAAGAAUGGAACAACGCGAUCGACGCGCUUCAGAAUUCCAACGUCCCCGAUGGAAGUAACGCCUACAUUGAAUUGCUGCGAACAGUGCACGCGAUAUGCUCGGCGGGCCUCAACGGUGGUCUGAAUACAACGCUGGCUUCGAUGCAGAAAUGUCUGGAAGACAAUGAGCCUGACAAUCAUUCACUGUUCGGCCGAAUUGCCGGAUUGUUGGCAUCGCUGAGUGGCAAGGACAAGGGCAUUCUCACAUUUGCGAGGCGAAUCGCUGCCAAGGCGCUUCAGAUUUCAAGAAAACCGGAAUAUCUUGCGUUGGGCCUUCGGAUUGCAGUGGGACUCGCCGAAACCAAAGAAGUCUCAUCGAUUUCCAAAGAACUGAUGACGUUGGAUUGCGAUGAUCCGUUUGCAUCUCUAGGAACUGUUCUGGCGAUGCUGAUGAGUGGCAGAAUCAAGGAUGCGGUCACCCAAUACGAGAUCAUUCAAGCCGCUCAUCCAAAACUUGAAGAAUCGGCUCUUUAUUACACAAUUGGUGCAAUAAUUGGGAAGCAAAGUGGAAAAUCGAGUUUUGACGCGUUUCGGCAAUUGAUUGAAACAAGUCUGGACAAGCAUAGAAUACAAGUCCAGAGCUAUCCAUUUGGUCUGAAAUAUUUCGAGCAUUUUCAAUCCGAUCUUCUUUAUCUCAUGGUUGAGCAAACGUCUGAUUUCGCUCCACUUGUGCCCAUUAAAUCUGCCAAUGAUUGUUUAAAACUCGGCGAAAAAAUUCUGAAUCUCAUAAUCGAGACGGCUCCAGCUCUCUCGCAUUGUACCUACCAAAUGGCAAAAAUCAAAUAUCUCGGUAGCAAUUAUGCGGAUGCCGAGAAGUUUAUUAAAAUGAGCUUGGAUAAGAAUGAAACAUUCACCGAGGGCUACAUUUUAAAGGCGCAGAUAAUCGUUGAUCGCGGCGGGAAACUCGUGGAAGCUGAAAAUGCUUUAACAACGGGUUUGAACUUCAAUUUUGCUCUUCGAGAGACAUCUCUUUAUCAUUUCAUCAAAGCGAAAACGCUAAAGAAGAAGAACGAGAAUGAGGAGGCUGUCAAAACGCUUCGAGCUGGUCUCAGGCUUCCCGUCAAAGAAGUCACGAAUAAUCUUCUUCUUCCAAAAGAAGAAGCUGACACUCAUCGAAUAUCGGUUCAGUUGGAGCUCAUUGACACCUUGCAAAUUAUGAAAAGAACUGCGGAAGCUGAACAGGCAAUGAACGAUGCGAUGAAGGAUUGGGAGGGCAAACCGGAGCAGGAGCAGCUGAUCAUCUCACAAGCUCAACUUUUUGUUACCAAAGGUCAAGCCGAUAAGGCAUUGGCGUUGUUGAAGAAGGUUCAACCCGGUCAGGCAAAUUUCCAUCUAUCGCGCGUGAAAAUGGCCGAAAUUUAUCUGGAAGAGAAAAAAGACAAAUUCAUGUUCGCCGCGUGCUAUCGCGAACUGCUUGAAGUCGAGCCAACGCCGGCGUCCUACUCGAUUCUCGGCGACGCGUUCAUGAGUAUUCAGGAGCCGGAAGAGGCCAUCGCGUAUUAUGAGCAGGCGCUGAAAAUGCAGAACAAAGAUUUGUUGCUCGCCGAGAAAAUUGGCGAGGCCUAUGUGAUGUCGCAUUUGUAUACAAAAGCGGUCAACUUCUACGAAGCUUCGAUGAACAUUUACAAGGACAAAAAGAUGAGGUUGCGAUUGGCCGAGCUUCUACUCAAAUUGCGCAAUUUCGAGAAAUGCGAACGAGUGCUGAAACAGCCAUUGGAGCAGGAGCCGAAUCCGAUGGAUCCCGAAGUGAUUAGCGCGCAUGUUCAAUUCCUUCUACUGUUAUCGCGGACAUAUCAGCAGAAGGAGCAAUAUUCUGAUGCCUUCGAUUGUAUGAAUAAAGCGAAAAUGAUGCAAUUGCGAUUGUUGAAUAAAAACGACACGCAGACGAACACGGCGGUUCGACGGGAAGCAUCGAGAAUUUGUUGUCUUCUUGCCGAAUUGCAUAUGAGAAGACACGAUGUAUCAAAAGCCACCGAACUUUACAAAGAAGCUGUCGGGUUUUACGAAAAUGACAUUAAGAGCAAUUUGGCUCUUGCUCAUAUUUACAUGCAGCAGAAUAAGCUUCAACUAUGCAAUCAAAUGUGCAUGACGGUUUUGGGAAUUGAGCGGGACAAUGAUGAAGCGACACUGAUGAUGGCGGAUUUGUUGUAUUUGAAGAACGAGGGCGAGCAGGCGAUUAUUCAUUUCAUGCAGCUUCUCACACGAAAUCCGAAUCAUUAUCACGCAUUGGCAAGGGUUAUUGAGUUGUCGUGGAGGAUCGGCGAUUCGGAGCACGCCGAAAAGUUUUUGGCACGUGCUGUUGAAGCCCAACCGCGAGCGAUUCUCGACGCCGGCUACAAUUAUUGCAAAGGGCUGAAUGAGUGGUUCACCGGCGAUCCGAAUGGAUCACUUCAAGCGUUCAAUCGAGCUCGUCGCGAUCCCGAGUGGGGCGAGAAGGCGACAUACAACAUGAUCGAAAUCUGCUUGAAUCCGGACAAUGAAAUUAUUGGAGGAGAGGUUAUGGAUCAAUCCGAUGGAAGUGACGACGCCGAUCGUGCCAUGGGUACGAAGACAGCGGAAAAGUUUUUGAAGGAGCUCCGCUACAAGCCAACCGUUGAUACGAGAUACACGCUUAUGGAGAACUUUAUACUGAUCCACACCGGAAAUCGGAACAACAUCAACAAAGCGUUGAAUGUGUUUUUGACGAUGGCUGGCGAAGGGGAGCCGGUCGCAAAUGUUGGCGCGGUGCUUGGCGCGGCGCGCGCCUAUAUGCUUCUCAAACAAAGUCCCAAAGCGAAAGCUUUGCUUAAGAGGGUGUUGGCACACAAUUGGACGCUGGAUGACGCCGAUUAUCUCGAAAAAUGCUGGCUGCAAUUGGUUGAUUUGUACAUUUAUCAGUCGAAAACCGAGCAGGCGACGAAGGUUUUGGAUUUGGUGCUGCACCAUAAUGCGAGCUCAAUAAAAGCCUAUGAAUGCAUGGGAUAUUUGCGGGAGAAGGAGCAGAAGUACGCAGAAGCUUAUCAACAUUAUGAGAAGGCUUGGAGAAUUUGUAAAUUUCGAAAUCCGGCGAUCGGCUACAAACUGGCCUACAAUUAUCUGAAAUGCAAGAAAUUCUUCGCCUCAAUCGAAACGUGCCAUCGCGUCCUCGAGCAAUUUCCGAAUUAUCCGAAAAUCAAAAAGGAGAUUCUCGACAAAGCUCGAAUGCAAAUCCGAACUUGA